GGACCCGCAGGACAGCCAGGUGAUGGUGAAGGUGAAGGUGCUGCCGCCUGCACACUGGGUGACCCCUGCGUGUGCACCGGGAGGAUUGUAGGUGUUGGGAUAUUUCCACCCAUCUGCAUGGAUGAAGCUAGGAAGAAGCCAGCUGCUCUAAGCUCUCCUCCUGGCACAUUGAGCACCCAUGUGCCCUCUAACCCUGACUGGCAGCCUCCUGGCCCCAUCCUUGCUGGGUGUUGGCUCUCAUACCUUGCCUGCCUGUCUCAUGGCUUCACGAUGGAGAUAAUGGGCCGCUUUCAAGUGUCUUUGGGGGAAAUGAAGGGCCAUGCUAACUGUGAGAGUGAGCUGUCUGUGGCCCCACCCUUAGCUCUACUCACCACUAUCAGGGAAGCCAUCAGCCGGGUUUGUGAAGCUGUCCCUGGAUCCAAGGGAGCCUUCAGGAAGAGAAAGCCUCCAAGCAAAAUGUUGUCCAGCAUCUUGGGCAAGAGCAACCUCCAGUUUGCAGGCAUGAGCAUUUCCCUGACCAUUUCUACUGCCAGCCUGAACCUGCGGACGCCGGACUCCAAACAGAUUAUAGCGAAUCAUCACAUGCAGUCCAUCUCCUUUGCCUCCGGGGGAGACCCGGACACAACAGACUACGUUGCGUACGUUGCUAAGGACCCUGUUAAUCGCAGAGCUUGUCACAUUCUGGAGUGUUGUGAUGGGCUGGCCCAGGAUGUCAUUGGCUCCAUCGGACAAGCCUUUGAGCUCCGGUUUAAGCAGUAUUUGCAGUGUCCUUCCAAGAUCGCUGCUCUUCAUGACCGAAUGCAGAGUCUAGAUGAGCCGUGGACUGAAGAGGAGAGUGAUGGGUCAGAUCACCCGUAUUACAACAGUGUUCCAAGCAAGACACCUCCUCCAGGGGGGUUUGCCGAUGCUCGCCUGAAAGCCAGACCCCAUGGUCCUGACACAGUCCAGUUUGCAGGAAAAGAGCAAACUUACUACCAGGGGAGACACUUAGGAGACCCGUUUGGUGAAGACUGGCAGCCUACACCUGUCAGGCAAGGAUCCUUGGACAUCUACAGCAUGCCUGAAGGGAAAUCACAUGUGGCUCCUACGGGAGAAGCUCCCACCUAUGUCAAUACCCAGCGUAUCCCCCAGCAGACGGGGCCGGUCACGGGCAGCAGUGCAGAAAGCAGCCCUCGGAAAGACCUCUUUGACAUGAAGCCUUUUGAAGAUGCCCUCAAGAUUCAGUCCUUGGGGCCUGUGUUGAGCAAGGCAGCCUCCAUGGAGUGCAUCAGCCCCGUCUCACCCAGAGUGCCAGAUGCCAAGAUGCUGGAAGAACUGAAAGCAGAGCCUUGGUAUCAAGGGGAGAUGAGCAGGAAGGAGGCAGAGGGGCUGCUAAAGAGAGAUGGAGACUUCUUGGUCAGGAAGAGUACCACCAACCCAGGCUCCUUCGUCCUCACUGGCAUGCACAACGGCCAGGCCAAACACUUGCUGCUCGUGGACCCAGAAGGCACGAUCCGGACAAAGGACAGGAUCUUUGACAGUAUCAGCCACCUCAUCAACCACCACCUGGAAAACAGCCUGCCCAUCGUCUCCGCCGGGAGUGAGCUCUGCCUGCAGCAGCCAGUGGAGAGGAACCCGUGACCUGCCAGCUGCCCUGUCCGACACCGCACCUGUGGUCAGGAGGGCUUGGUUCUUCCCAGUAGAUGGAUAUCGGGCCCCGGGAAUGUGGGCAGGUGUCCAUUGGCUCAGAGCUUUGUGCAGAAGCCCCAGGAGGAAGGCUUCCCUAAGAUGCAAGUUUCAUAAACUUGUUCAGAAUUCUCAUUAGCAUAUUAAAGGUGUACAUACCUAUACAUCCUGUACAAAUUACCCCUCUAUAUUUAUAUUUUUUAAGACUAAGAAAGAUGUAAGACUAAUGUUCUGUGCUGUAUGUUUUUAAUGAAAACUAAGUUUGACUGUAGUUGUCCAGGUAAAAUGUUAAUUCAGCUGACCCAUUCCACUGGGAAAUUCCACUGGGAAAGUGUUACCUAUUAAGCACAACACAGGGAAUAGAAGCAGCAGGAGGGUCAAUACUAAACACUUGGGAUGUAACAGAGUAAGACAAGAUGCUGCCUGUGCUCUGCAUGCAAAGCGCUGUGAAGUGCUGGUCCUUAGGGCCGUCCCUUCUCACGGGCGACGCCUCCCAGGCUGCCUGCCCCACACCCAUGUUCAUGGGGUUUCCAGCACCAGAGUUUGGGGAGCUGUGCUAAAAGCAUACGUCACUCCAGCUGUUUCAGGUAGUGCUGAGCACAGGCAUGCUCCUCCCAUGACCCUGGUUGCCCAGGGGUUCUUGGGGUUUCACUUCACUGCCAAAUAGGGCACAAAAUAAGCCUCACGGAUCAAGAUCUUGACAGGUAAAUGCUUCCUUUGUUUUUAUCAGUAUAAUGGCAAAACGAGGGUGUGUGCAGGGAUAUUGGGUAGCCGGGGAUGUGUACAUCCUCUCAGCCAACAGGCUGCUGCUGUACCUGCUAGUGAAAUCCUGUCCCCUUUAUGUUCGGUAGAGGAGGAAGCAUGCGUUCAACCUGCGCAGAAUAUGGGUGCAAACAUGUGUGCCCAGAGACGUUCCUUCGGUCGUGGAUGAUUAAGGUUUGCCUAAACCUAGGGACCAGGCUCAGGAGCUUUGGGAAUCAGUUUGAAGUCCUGCUUCUGGAGAGAUGGGUGGGUCUAGUGUCUGGUUUGUUUCCACAACAGGUUUCCCAAGUGCUCCAUGAAGAGCGUACCUGCCCCAGACAGCACUUUGUCCCAGCUCCUUCCUUCAGGAUCAAACGCUCUGAUCUCCUACUGGGUCUUCUGUUUUAGGAAAUUGACAAUGUUUCUAACUGUCUGGCUUGAGAUUUCCAUGGGAUUUAACAGGUGUUGACUUUUAAAAAAUAGAAAGAUUCAUUCAUUCACUGGCACCUUCCCACUGGUGCCACAACAUUGGCUCUUGUCCAGUUGAAAUCCCCUUUUGGGCAGCACCCCCUUCAUCAGUGCAACAGAAAGACCCUCCACACACACUUAGCCUUUAAUAGUAAUAAAUUUGAUGCUUCCAGAAUGAAGAGCAAAAAGUAGAUUUUUGAAAACGCUGAUGAGCGCUAAUUGCACAAAGUUCUAAUGCUCAGUGUGUGAACCCCAUUUCUACUUCAAGGGGGUGUGCUUGGCCAGGAUGGGAGAAUGGGGCAGAGCUGACAGUUGAGGAUGGGUUGGGGAAGGUCCAAAGCUUCAUAUUAGCAUUCUGUGGAAUUUUACCUCAUGAAUCCAAGCUGACAGUGGUUUCAAUCUUCUAGAAUGCUCUGCCGUGAAUGGGAACUCUGUGGGGAGUCUGACACUAAUCUAGAACCCCACCACCACCCCUGCUUCUUCCUGGACUGGUUUUGCUUUCAGGUGCAGUUGGGAUACCUGUUCCAGCUUAUCCAGAGGCAGUAGGGGUUGAGUGGGGAUGGGCUGAGCAGCUGGGGUGGGCUCCUCCCCUGUGACAAUGUAGAUUUGGGGUGGCUGUGAGAAUUGCCCCAUAUUCUUAUGUAUAUCUGCAUCCUGGAGAUGUCCACAAAGGUCUGACCUCUGUGGGGAGUCACGAUCCUUCUCUGUAUGUGAGUGUACACACAUACUCAUAGACCAAAUGACUUCUUUCAACAGUCUUGCACUCCCCGCUGUGUAAGGCCAAAACAUUUCAUGUUUAGGGCAAAGCAGAGAAGGAGACAAGAGCAAACACCUGAGAGCCUCUGAACACUUGAUCUGUGUCUUUUUUUUCUCUCCGGUGUGCAAGAAAUGCUAAUCUGCAGUUUUAGUAGCUCUCUGCUCUGAAGUUAGUGUUUAUCUCAGUGGUGAUAAGCUGGGUUUUUUUUUUUUUUUUUUUUGCAUGAGUAUCAAUUUAGAAAAUUAAAGUAUGGGGGUAUCAAAUAUCGGUUCAGUGUUAAUUAAAAUAUGUAUUUUUUAAGUUAAGAUUAUACCUUGCCUCCCAUGGGGCAGUGGGACAAACCGGCACUCUUGUAACCACUGGAGCAGAUUUGAGACACAGCAAAUGGCAGUGAUUUUCUAGUCUCUGCUGUCUCCUGUUUGUAAAGCAUGUAAGAGCUCACCAGGCCAUCUCAUCUCUUCCUUCAAGCGCCAUGUGCCGGGUAUCACGGAGCCUCACACACGGCUGGCAAAACUGAGGCUCAGGUGGUGCCCACUUGCUCCAGUCCACGCGGUCAGCGGCAGCAGAGCUGUUUCCCGCUCCUCUAGGCUCUCCCCGAGCUCCGCUGCGCUGGGAGCUCCGGUUUCGGUUUCGGAGGCAAACUCCCCCAUGCGCUCCAGGGCCUCCGACUCCCAGGGCGUGCUCACUGCGCGCUGUGAGGGCCAUCCUGGGCCCCCGGAGCGUACUAGGACCUGUUGCCCCUCUCUUGGGCACCCCCUGCCGCUUUACCCAGGCCCCUGUGUCUGCUGGGAGGGCCUGGCCAGUCCUAAAACGGCCCCUCUUGCUAAGUGGGCCUGGAGACGGCUCCUCCCUCCCCCAUCAUCUUGUGGG